AUGAUUCGAUAUGUAUGCUGCUGGUGGUCUUGGCUGUGUGACGGGCGUCCCGUGGGCGCCAUCGUAACCCCACAACGUCUGCUGCCUUUCCCCAUCUACGAUGAUGCGGCUGAUGCGGCUCUUCGGUCGCUCAAGAGGCAGUUCCUCUUUGACGAGAUGGAGGCAGAGGUGGGAGUGGCAUUCGACCAGCUGCUGGAAAAGCUGGCACUGGCCAUCUUCACCCACUUCAAGCAGUGUGCCGCCAGCAAGCUGCUGGACAAGUCGUUUGUGGCGGCAGCAGCAGCCCUGGGCGUGGGAGGGUCCGUGACACUCCGGUUUCCUCCUUCCCUCCUUGCUUCACAUCCCCCCAUCCCCCACCCAACGGUGCCGUUCCUCCUUGCUUCUCCAUCAUGCAGCAAGCUGCUGGACAAGUCGUUUGUGGCGGCAGCGGCAGCGCUGGGCGUGGGAGGGACGUACAGCGUGACUCCAUGCAGCUACAGCGGGCUGUUGCGCCAAACGCACCUGCAGGUGGGUGGGGUGGCUUUGGGGUCGACUCAAGGGUUAACCUCGAACUGGCUAUUGGGCCGCACUGUGGACAUGCGGGACCUGCUGACUCAGCGGCUGAACAAGCUGACGAGGCACAACCUGGAUUAUAUCCUUGCCCGCAUGGAGGGGGCAGAUCUCUGCCACAUCAUGGAGACGCAUCACCUGCUGGACGUCCUACGUGGCGCACACCGAUUGGUCGCAGAGCACUGCCCUGCCAUUGACUCCUUUGAAGCCAUUUUCACCGAGGCCACCCACGCCACCUCCCUCUCCUCACUCUCUUCCCGCACUGCCGCUUAUGUGUGCAGAGAGGUGGAGCAGGAUGUGCUUCCCAACUUCCUCUGGAACUCCACCACCCGCCGCUUUGUGUGGGUCGCCUCCCCGCUGCACCUGCAGCAGCGCCCCGUGCAAAGACCUGCAGUUCACCUGCCUUCUCCAGAGGUGUAUGAAGCCUUCAUGUUUGGAAACAAGGAUCUGAAUGAGGCCUAUGCGCACAUCUGUGUGCUGCACGCGCAGUUCAUAGGGCAGCCGCAUGUAGAUGCUGUGGUGGCACUGCUGGGCCCGCACUCUCUGCCCAUGCUGCUGCAGUUCUGCCUUGACUCCCUCUCCCACAAGGUAUGUGGUGCUGACUAUAGGUUGCUCUCAGUGGAUUGCGCACAUCUGUAUGCUGCACGCGCAGUUCCUGGGGCAGCCGCACGUGCAUGCUCUGGUGGCGCUGCUGGGCCCGCACUCCCUGCCCAUGCUGCUGCAGUUCUGCCUUGA